AUGAAUAAAGAAAAUUGGACAACAGUGAACACAUUCUUUUUUCUGGGGUUCCCUGGACUUGGUAGACUCAGGUUUCUUCUCUUUAUUCCUAUAUUGUCUGCAUAUACCGUGACCAUGUUCCUCGAUAUUAUGAUUAUAAUAUUUGUGUCAACCAGAAAGAGUCUACAAUCCCCCAUUUACUUGUUCCUCACACAUUUCUUAUUUUCAGAAAUAUGUUUAGUGACUGUCAUCGUCCCUAAUAUGUUACAUAUCUUAUGGAUGGAUGGGGCCAAUGUAUCUGUCACUGGAUGCUUCACUCAGAGCUUCUUCUAUAUGUCUUCAGGUACUUCUGAGUGUUAUCUGCUCACAGUAAUGUCCUACGACCGAUACUUGGCCAUAUGCAAACCUUUACACUACAACACAAUAAUGGACCACAACCUUCAAUAUUUCCUGGUUAGCAUUUGCUGGAUGCUUGGCUUUCUUGUGACAUUGAUCACAAUGAUUUUUCUGUCUUUAUUCAAGUUCUGUGGUCGCAAUGUCAUUGACCAUUACUUCUGUGAUCUUGCUCCUUUUCUCGAUAUUGCUUGCUCCGAAACUUCCAGUCUGCAAAUUUAUAUAUUUGUUCUAUCAGUCCCCAUAAUUGCUGCACCAUUCCUAUUAACUUUUGUAAGUUAUGUGUGUAUUUCUGUAGUCAUCCUUAGAAUGCCGUCCAUCGGCAGCAGGAAGAAAGCAUUCUCUACUUGUAGCACUCAUCUCUUGGUGGUGGGGAUGUUUUAUGGAUCUGCAUUAAUAAACUACUUUACUCCAAUAAAAGGACAUCCUAUAGCCAUUAACAAAAUGAUAUCGGUUACAUUUACUAUAAUAACACCAUUGUUCAAUCCCAUCAUAUACAGCCUGAGGAAUCAAGAUAUGCAUGCUGUCAUAAGUAGAUAUCUACAGUGGUGGAAAUAA